AUGGGUCGAUUGUGUAGCGUCGUGUCUUGUCUCCUAUUAGUCGGUUUCUCGCAGGCAGCCGACGUAUAUCUCAGCCCACCCCAAACAUUCCCCUCCCGGCUUUCCCUCCAGCAUGCUGGUUUCGUUUUGUCCCAACAUCUGGGUCUCGAGCCACUCGAGAAUUUCCAGCACUAUAGCGACCUGCUAGGAGAGCAUGAGUUUGUCGCACAGGGAGCUUCAGACGCAUUAUUUCUGCUGGUAGACGAUGCCAGUAUACAGGAUAUUAUCCCCCCUUCCAUGAGCCGCUCGUUCUCCAUUGCAGGGGCACCCGCUAGUUCCCUCACUUCCCUUGUCUCUUCGUAUCUGCAUCGCGCAACUCACGCAUAUUCCCUCAUCUACUCUGAUCUCGCUAUUCCUCCAGAAGGCAUACCUCGUACUCUUGACAUUUUUUCUGCGCCAACACCCGCAAACGAAGCUUUCCUCGCCGAAAUCUCAACGCUUACCAAGUUCUUUGAGUCAUCGUCUGAUGACAAGUUCGCCUCCUUGGAGUUGACUGGACUGUCCCAGCUUGCAUCCACGUACGGUCGUUCAAGCGAACAGUACCAGCUUGCUGUACGAACCGUCCGAGCUGUUCUCGAAGCCACCACUGCUGACGCCAAGGCUCGGGUUGCUGUCUUGAGCUACACCCCAUCUACUAUAAUUGACAAACGCCAACCGCAGCCACCGCAGCAGUCACCCCUUCCAGCACCCCAUCCACCCACAGGACCGCCAGCACGUCGUCUGGCCUCUUGCCUCCCUUCCGCUGAUGCCUGCUCCAACGCUACCAGUGCCUGUUUUGGUCACGGGCAGUGCGUGAGCACCAUCAACGCCGGACAGGAGUGUUUCGUCUGUGCUUGCUCGGACACCAAGUCUGCUUCAGGGAAAACGGAGAGCUGGGCAGGUGAGAUGUGUCAGCGCAAGGACAUCAGUAGCACCUUUGUAUUGAUCGCAGGGACGGUAAUUACGCUGAUACUUUUGAUGGGAGGGUCGGUAUCGCUGCUUUACUCUAUUGGGGAUGAUGAGCUGCCUAGCAUCCUCACGGGUGGCGUGGCCAGCGGAUUGAGGAAGGAUUGA